ACCUCUGCGCGAUCUCCCCCCUUUUUACGCGCUAUACUUUCAAAACUUUGCGUGCCAAAAAAAAAUGGACCGUGCAGGAUUCGCUGUUUUGGUGCUUUUGACUGUUGCACUGCUGCGAAUUGGUGACGGUCACAAGGACACAACAGGUGAGAGGAAAGAGGGUGCAGGGCCAGGCAGGGCGGUUUGGAACCAGCAGCGGUCCCAGGUGAGGAGUCAAGGUCACUCGCCAAGGGGACGAGAGGACGGCGCAUCCUCCGGACCGUCCGGGGGAACUAGGACUCUAGUCCGCGUACCGAGGGCCACGUCAUCCCAGGUGGACGGCAGGCACAUAUCCAAAGCAGGACCAGGUCAUGCUGCAGGCGCCUCCCGGGAGGAUGUGCUCUCUCCGCCGCGGAGCGCCAGACAGACGAGCGGUCAGCAGCACGGAACCCGAGUGAACCGCAGGCCGAGCAGCAAGCCCACCUCUGCCGGCAUAAGGAGGCUUGUUGGACCUAAUGUCUGUGGGGGUCAGCAGUGCUGCUCAGGCUGGGCUUUGGCACCAGGAACCAAUCGCUGCAUUAAACCUGACUGCCAGCCCCGCUGCCAGAACCGUGGCUCCUGCAGCCGGCCACAGACCUGUGUGUGUCGCUCAGGCUUCCAGGGGCCCCGCUGUGAGGAGGUGGCUCCAGAGCAGGUGUACAUCCGCGAUGGAGGCGCCCUGAGGCGCGUUCAACCGGGGACCAACCCUUUCCAGAAAGACCAACCACGGAGAAGGCCCUCGGAAAGGCAGGCCAUCGAUACCACCAAGGUCCAGCCCCCACGACCUGCAACCACCAGACAGCCUGUGACCCAAGUGAGACGGGGACCCCCUGACUCCUCACCUCAGCAGACUGGGACCUCCCGCACGGUGAAACGUUAUCCAUCAUCCUCUGGACCCAUAACGUCCAACGCUCUACCAAAUGGCAACAGCUACGCUAACGGCCACGGCAGUGAACACAGGAACUGGCAUGGACACAGAAAUGGGCAUCGCAACAGUCACUCCAACACUCACAGGCCCGGCAGUGACAGCCAGCUGAACGGGCAGUUCAACAAUGCAUUAUUACCAGCAGGGGCCAACCUCACCUCCAGCUUGGACCGCAUCAAGAUCGUCUUCACCCCCAUGCUGUGCCGCCGGGUGUGUAGCGGUGGCCGCUGCUACAACAGCUGUGAGAAGGGGGACAUCACCACGGUCUACAGCGAGAACUCCCAGCAGCAGCAACAGCAGCAGCAGCAGCAGCCGCCAAAGAACCAGGGCUUCCGACUCUUCUUCUGUCAGAUACCCUGUCUUAAUGGAGGCCGCUGCAUUGGCAGGGACCUGUGCUGGUGUCCAUCAAAUUCAACUGGCAAGUUUUGUCACCUGCCGUCCCCGCCUCCUGCCAGACCCACCCCUCACAGCCACAAGGAUGCCAGCCACCAGGGACCGAAAUCUCCCCUCCACACCAUGUACACUCUACCACUGUCCAAUCAACAAGUGUCUCUCCACCCAUCCUUGGUGAACGUCCACAUUCAACACCCUCCAGAUGCCGAUGUCCAGAUCCACCAAGUAGCUCGGGUUCAGCCAGGACAGAGACCGGCCACUGCAGAUGGGGCUCACUCUGUCCAGCAGCGCUCCCAGCCUGGGAAUGGACAUGAAACCAUCAAUGACCAUAGCAGCAGGCAACCACACACCAGUGGGAACGGGAAUAACCAUGCCAGAACGCACAACCAUCAGAACGGACAUGUUGGGAGAUGCUUUCAAGAGACAGUUGAUGGACAGUGUGGCAAGCCUCUGCCAGGCCUAACCAAACAGGAUGAUUGCUGUGGAAGCGUGGGCGCCUCCUGGGGUCUAAACAAGUGCCAAAAGUGUCCAACCAAACCAGCAUAUGCAGUGAUCGCAAACGGACAAGUGGAAUGUCCCAAAGGUUUUAAACGAAUGAAUCUCACACACUGUCAAGAUAUCAACGAGUGCCUGUUGCCCGGGCUCUGUAAGAACGCUGAAUGUCUCAACAACAGAGGAAGCUACAGGUGCACGUGUAAACCAGGCUUCUUGUUGGAUGCUGACAGGAGCCAUUGUGUCUCGGACAAGGCUGUGUCUGACCAGAGGGCAUUCUGCUACCGGUCGGUAUCAGUGGGCACAUGCUCCCUGCAGCUACCUCAACACAUCACCAAGCAGAUCUGCUGCUGUAGCCGCGUGGGCAAGGCCUGGGGCCCCGGGUGUGAUCGCUGUCCUUUGCCGGGAUCAGACCAUUUCAAGGAGAUCUGCCCAGCUGGUCAUGGAUACACCUACUCGCGCUCUGAUGUGCAGAUUUCUGUGACACAGCUGGGGGAAGAGGAACUGCAGAGCACAGGAGUGUCAUGGGAGGAGCAAAGCCCCAAUUUCCCUCAACCUCCAUCCUCCCAGCCCUGGCUGCCCCAACCUAGCAGGCCACAAUAUCCCAGCUACCCACAGACGCCACAAGUACCCCAAUACCAGUACCCUGAGACACCACAAGCACCCCGGUACCCUCUGACUCCACAGCAGCCUCUCCAUCCUUCUCACCCAGCCAGAGAGACACCUAUGCAGCCAGAGGAUGUGGAAAUUCUGAGCCCGCCAGCUGUUGUGACCGACUCACCACUGACAUAUCCAGAGGCUUCUCCAGACUCCGCCAUCAUCAACCUGAGGCCAGAUUCAGAGGACACAACCCACACAGACUCAGCUAAAGGUAUUGACAAGUGUGCCAUCGCCCCCGCCAUAUGUGGCCCUGGUAGAUGUAUUCCUGUGCAGACCGGCUAUACCUGCAACUGCGAGCCGGGGUUCAAGCUCAGCGCACUGCAGACCAACUGCAUUGAUGUGAAUGAAUGUGACGAGGACCCAUGUGAAGGGAAGGGCCACUGUUUAAACAGCUAUGGCUCCUAUACCUGUCAAUGCCACAGCGGCUACAGCCAGGUGAUCACCCAGAACAGGAAGUUCUGUCAAGACAUUAAUGAGUGCAGCAUGCCCAACAAGUGCCAGAAUGGCAAAUGCGUCAACACAGACGGAUCUUACACCUGUGAAUGCAGCAGUGGCUACGCCAAGUCUUGGAGGGGCCAAUGCGAAGAUGUAGAUGAGUGCAGAGAUCCCAGCUCCUGUCCCAACGGUGUCUGCGUCAACACUCUUGGCUCCUUCCAGUGCCAGGCCUGCGGCCCGGGGUUAAGGCCUGUUGAUGAAAGAUGUGUGGAUGUUAACGAGUGCUUGAACCAAACAGUGUGCGGUGGUGGUAGGUGUGUCAACACAGAGGGCUCCUAUAGAUGCAACUGUUUCCAAGGAUACAAAGUCUCACCGGACAACGUUUGCCAAGAUGUGGAUGAGUGUGGGCUCCCUGGAGUUUGUCUCCACGGCAGCUGUGUCAAUUUGGACGGCACCCACAGAUGCAUCUGUAACCAUGGUUACCAAGUCACCUCAGACAGCAAAACCUGUGAAGAUGUCAACGAGUGCAAAACUGGUAACGUUUGCCCUGCGGGAAUUUGCAUCAACACUGCAGGUUCUUACACUUGCCAGAACUGCAGGCCUGGGUUUGGUCCGUCAGCUGAUGGAAUGAGAUGUGAUGAUAUAAAUGAGUGUGCCCAGGGGGAUCUGUGUCUUGGUGGAGUGUGUGCCAACACGGAGGGAUCCUACACCUGUACCAGAUGUAAGGCUGGCUACAGGGUGUCUGAAGACCGGCAGAGGUGUGAAGAUGUUGACGAGUGCCAGUCCCUGUCUACCUGUUCCAACGGGAUCUGUCUAAACUCAGAAGGCUCUUACACCUGUGAGAACUGCCCGACAGGGUACAGAGUAUCAUAUGACGGGGAGCUCUGUGAAGAUAUUGAUGAGUGUGCGCUGCCCACUACAUGCCCCCAGGGAACAUGUACAAACACAGAGGGUUCCUUCACAUGUGUCGUCUGUCAACCCGGGUUUAGAGUCUCUGAGGAUGGACAACAGUGUGAUGAUGUGGAUGAGUGUUUGGUGGCUAAUAUUUGCCUGGGCCAGCUUUGCUUGAACACCCCAGGAUCCUUCACCUGCAGGAGCUGUGGAGCCGGUCUGCAACUGUCUGGGGACGGUUACAGCUGUGAGGACAUUGACGAGUGCCAGAUGCCAGGUAGGUGCCCCACUGGCAUUUGCACCAACACAGAGGGCUCCUUCUCCUGCAUGGCCUGUGACCCAGGCUUCACAGUGGCUCCCAACGGGCUCUCAUGUGAAGAUGUAAAUGAAUGUGAGGACCCCAGCUUGUGUGUGGGAGGCCAGUGCACCAACUCCAUCGGUUCUUAUAACUGCCUCUGCCCCGCCGGUCUGGAGCUGGUGGAUGGGACGUCCUGCAGAGAUGUCAAUGAGUGUUUAACCAUCAUGGGGAUCUGCGGAGAAGGUGACUGUCUGAACACUCAGGGCUCCUAUACAUGCAUCUGUCCUGAUGGAUAUACCAACAUCGAUGGAAGGACCGGCUGCCAAGAUGUGGAUGAAUGCAGUAAAGACAAUGUGUGCAUCCGGGGCGAGUGUCUGAACAUUGAUGGCUCUUUCAUGUGCUUGUGUGAGGCUGGCUUCAAGUUCAACGCUGACACGGCUGAUUGUGAAGACCAGAAUGAGUGCAAGGACUUUGGUAGCUCAGUGUGUGGUACCUGGCGCUGCGAAAACACCAUCGGCUCCUACCGGUGCUUCAUGGGCUGCCAACCCGGCCUCGAGGGGGAAGACGCCACAGACUGUGAUAUUGAUGAGUGUCUCAAUGAAACCAUCUGUGGGAACCACGGCUUCUGCGAGAACACAGACGGCUCCUUCCGCUGCCAGUGUGACCAAGGCUACACCAACCCGCCAGGAGACAUGAGCAAAUGUGUCGACGUGAACGAGUGCGAGAUGAGCUUGGCGCUGUGCGGUGAGGCCCUGUGUGAGAACUUCGAUGGCAGCUUCCUGUGCAUCUGCCCCAACGACAAUGAGGAAUUUGAUCCCAUCACCAGCCGGUGCCGCUCCCUGGCUGCUUUGGUCCCGAUACCCGAUGCUCGACUCCCUCUGUCCGCUCCCUCAACUGAGGAGAGGAAAGAGUGCUACUACAACUUGAAUGACGCCAACUUCUGUGACAACGUCUUGUCUCACAACACCACCAAGCAGGAGUGCUGCUGCACGGUGGGGGCCGGCUGGGGGGACAACUGCGAGAUCCACGCCUGUCCUGACCCAGGAAGAGAUGACUAUAACCAGUUGUGCCCUCAUGGCAGUGGAUUGUUACCCCUGCCUGUUCCCUCUACACAAAAUCUGGGAGAACAGCACCCUUACAUAGAUGCAAACGAGUGUGAGAUGUUUGGAUCAGACAUCUGUAAGAAUGGACAGUGUUCGAAUCUCUUUUCUACCUACACCUGCUACUGUCGCUCUGGCUUCUACUAUGACAACAUCCGGCUUGAGUGUGUGGAUUACGAUGAGUGUGGGUUUGGAAACGCCUGUGAAGAUGGAGCGUGUGUUAACACGGCCGGGUCUUUCAACUGUUUCUGCAGUCCUCCUUUAGUCCUGGACAACACACGCCAGCGCUGCAUUGGCCUCAACGCCACAGAAGAAACUCUAGAGCCGGAUCACGAUGUGCACAUGGAUAUUUGCUGGCAGCGUCUUGAGGGGGACAACGUGUGUUCACAACCCCUGCAGGGACGCAGAAGUACAUACACCGAAUGCUGCUGCCUGUGGGGCGUCGCCUGGAGUGGACAGUGUGCCUUCUGUCCCACGAAAGACUCUGAGGACUACGCAGUGAUGUGCAACCUUCCUCGGGGAGGAGGAACAGACAGUCUGCGAGAGAGGCCAGGAUACGAGUACGGUCUUGAGGGGCCAGAGGAUCCUGUGGAGCCUUUCGUUCCUCCGUACUGGGACAGCUAUGGCGGCCCUGCAGGACCCUAUGACAUUCCUGAGGGCAUUCCUCUCUUUAAUGACAACGACUACGGCGUUCAACAGCCACCUUCCCGUGUCCCCAUUCAAAGACCACGCGAGCCGCAGCCACGACCAGUGGAUUCCUAUGCUGCGCGUUACCACAGCUUUGAGGGUCUCCGAGCAGAGGAAUGUGGAAUCCUGAACGGGUGCGAAAACGGUCGCUGCGUCCGUGUGCGAGAAGGCUACACCUGUGACUGCUUCGACGGCUACGAACUCGACCUGAACAAGAUGGCCUGUAUAGACAUUAACGAGUGUGAGGACAUCAGCGACAAGGUGCCCCUGUGUCAGAACGGGCAGUGCACCAACACGGAGGGGUCGUAUAAGUGCACCUGUCUGCCGGGCUUCGUGGCCUCCGUAGAGCCACACAAAUGCAUCCCAGAGAUCCCAGAGUCUGGGCUUUUGGAGACGGGAAACUGAGACAGACUGCUGCCUUUUCCUGCUCCCUCAGAGAUCACCUUACACCCCUCUGCCCUUUUCCCCAGGGGCCUGGCACUAAACCUCCAACAGCAACGCUUAGACGUCCAAACCCUUUUUUUCUUCACACACACACACACACACACACACACACACACACACACACACACACACACACACACACACACACACACACACACACACACACACACACACACACACACACACACACAUACUGACACACACUCACAUUCAGCACAGAACACAUUCAUUCCCCCUCAUACACAUUCAAGAGGACCAGGAGUUGUGCAGUGAAUGUAUUACAUGGGAUUUAGUAUUCACCAGAUAUCCAUUUGCCUGAAAGGGAUUUUGUGGACUGAUCUUUUUUUAGUCAGUAACCCCGGGGCAAUUCGAUAUGCAGAUAUAUUUUCCACAUUCUUUUCUCUGUCACUUUUUUGUUGUUGUGUUAUUUAUUUCAUUUGCAUGACGGGCCUCUGCAAACAUAGAAAGCGACCUAUUUCCUCUUGUUUUAUUUGUCUCGAAAAUUGACCUCAGAGGCAGCGUGGGGAGAUAACAAAUGUCUUUUGUAAAAUAAGGAAUGUCGGAAGAAAUCAGCCACUCAUAAAUCAGUUUGUGCCUCACUGUCAAACCUCUCUCCAAUUUUCUCUAUCUGCAUGUAAUUAGCAUUGGCCUUGGACUAAAUGGGUGCCAGGAUUGAUAAACAUCCAUAAUUCAAAGAAAGAAGUUCACCAACAACCGACUUUCAAUUCUUCAAGAUUAACCACAAGCUGAAGUAUCUCCGGACCAAGAAGUGAGAAGUCAACAGAGCAAAAUGUACACUUUUAAAACAUCAGCCUUUACAUUGAUCUGGAAAGACUGUACACGUAUAUGAUGAUCUAUGUAAUGUUUUUAAAAAGGUGCAAUAGGUAUAACCUGCUUUCCUUUGUGUGACAUCAUUAUUACAAUCAUAAAAUCCGCCAUAAAGUAGGAAAACAUGGACUCAGUUGCUGAUCCCAACAGUAUACUUCUGAAAAAAACAUGUUUUGACUUAUCCAUGUUUGCUUCUAGGCUACAUUCUAGCCUAACUCCUGAAACCACCGGAAGGUUGAUUUAGUUGAAAUCAUCCUAAAAUAUCACAGCGUCAAGUAAAAGAUCAGUUAUAUGUACCAGUGUCGCACAGGCAAGAGGAUCCCAGAUCUCACAUCAGACCAUUCCCAUGUUUGCAUCUCUGAAUGCAUGUAAAGACACAGGCUUCGUUGGAGAGGUUUGGUAUAUUUUGUACAGAUCUAGUACUAUGUAUUAUUUUUGUUACAUAUUCUCUUAAUGCAUUAUAGCACAAUCAAUAUUUUGUUUGACAUAAAAAACAUAAAAUGUAAGAAAAAUCUGGCAUUAUAGCUUUGUAGAUUUAUACAUGUCUGUAAAAAUGUUUUUUUUUUAAGGCAUAUCUUUUUAUGUAUGAGGAGAGUGGCUGACACUGUACCAGAGGAACUGUGUUCGAUACCCUGCCCUGUGGAGCAGACAAUGAAAUAUAUUUUUUGGAAGUGGCAGCACUGUUCUAAUUACAGACAUUUUGUCUCUUUAAGUUCAUUACAAAGACGAUGCUUUUGAAAUGCAAACACCAACUUCUGCGUGUUACAACUUUAAGGCUUAAUAUUAGUAAUUGUGAACAUAAUUUCUCUUAAGUCUCUGUUGGAUCCUUAUGUCAUGAAUGUAUCAUAGACAGUAUCGGCCUACUCAUUUGGGUUUCUGAGCUCUCACUUAUACCUUUUUGUCUUUUAUAUUCAGGUUUAAUGGCAUUAUCUGUCUAUUGGACUGAACUUCUCAGCUGCGCAGAAACAUAAAAGUCUAAUUCCAAUUUCUGACAAUGACUAUAAGUUCAUGACUAAUACCCUUAACAUGCAUUCAUAACCCUAUUAACCUACAGUUGUACAAAUGUUUCCACUUGAUGUCCACUGUACUUAACUGUGCUAUUCAAAUCAUCGGCAAGUAGGAAUAUUUAAAGCCUUUCAAAACCGCAAAUAACUUGAGAUAAAUGUCUUGUAUUAAAGCUGUGGUCAUUGGAAAUAUCAUGCUCAUUCAUUUUGUUUACCUCUUGACUGUAAUCGCUAUCAG